AGCUCUCCAGUCGAGCCCGCCUCGGGCGCUGUGCUUCGGGCGCUCCCCGCGUGCUGAUGGCGCCGAAGGCGAAGUCGGCGAGUGGCAAGGCUAGCGCGGCGCAGGCGGAGAUCCAGAGAAGAAUUGCGGCCAGAGCGGGGCCGAAAGCUUCGCCCAAAGCCUCGCCCAAGCCCAAGCCGGCGCCCAAAGCCUCGCCAAGAGCUGAACCGAAGGCGCGCGGGAAGGCGAAGGCGGCGCCGACGCCGUCGCCCGCCAAGCGCACCGCGGACGGGGCGAUCAAGAAGUCGCGGUCCUCGCAGGCGCUGGAGCAGGCCAAGGCGAAGGCUUCGAGGGGCUCCUCAGGCUCCGGCGGCCGGCGCGUGGUGGACUCGCAAGUGCCCAACAGGGCGGGCUUGAGCGUCGUGGACGACUACUCGGUGAAGCUUAACCAGACGCACCUGGAGGGAGGGUCGAACAACAACAAGUUCUACAUCAUUCAGGUGCUGGAGGGUGACGGCAAGUACUUCGCCUGGAACCGCUGGGGCCGCGUGGGCGAGCCAGGGCAGAGCAAGCUGCAGGCGUGCGGCGGCCUCGCGCAGGCGGCCCAGGAGUUCGAGAAAAAGUUCAGGGAGAAGACUCAGAACCCCUGGUCCCAGCGCGCGAACUUCAAGCCGGUCAAUGGCAAGUACCACAUCGUGGAGACGGAGGACGCCGAGGGAGGGGGAGACGACCACGCACCGAUGGGGAAGCUCACGGAGGCGCAGAUCGGGAAGGGCCAGCACGUGCUUGACAAGCUUGACAAGGAGCUGAAGAAGAGCUCGCCCACCAGGUCACAGUUGGAGGUCCUGUCUUCCGAGUUCUACACCCUGAUCCCGCACAACUUCGGGCGGGCCCGGCCCCCAGCGAUCAGCACCCAGGAGAUGCUGGAGGCGAAGGUGGAACUCCUCAAGUUCUACCUCCGAAUGGGCUUCGAGGAGGUGGAGGAAGAUGCAGGACGCAGCCCCGUGAGCGGCGUGAUGGCGCUGCCAGUCCCGGCGUCGCUGGACGCGGCGUGCGGCGGCCUCUGCGCGAAGGGGCAGAUCGUCCAGAGCACCAAGAAAGGGGAGGAGCUCGCCAGAAGGCAGGCGGGCAGGCCAAGCACGGCCAUGGCCGCGUCGCUGUACGCCGCCAUCAUGUUGUACACGUCGAACGCCAUCUACCGCGACCUCAACCAGUGCCUUCGGGACGAGAACCGCGCGAAGCUGAAAAAGUACUUCAAGUACUUGAGGCUGUUCUUCGAGUCCAUGGACCACCUGCCGAAGCAGAAGCGGACGCUCUGGCGCGGGCUCUCGGUUGACCUGUUCGACAACCCGCAGUACCAGGUGGGGAACGUUGUCACAUGGUGGGGCAUUUCAAGCACAACUUCCGACAUGAACGUCGCCAAGAAUUUCGCCAAGGGAUGCGGCGGAAAGUGCACUAUUAUUCGCAAGUCGCUGACCGCCAGCGACAUCUCCGAUAUCACGUUCUACAGCAACGAGAAGGAGAGCCUGCUGGCCCCUGGAACGCAGCUGAAGGUGAUGAGCAAAAAGCGGAAUGGAAACGUCGCCGAGAUCAAGAUGAAGGAGGUUGGUCGUGCUAUCGGAUGAGGACUUCGAUUCAAUUGGUGGUUGGAACACAAAGGAAGCGUACGCAUUACACCACGCGCACUGAUAUCCCGUAGGGCCCUUCUUUUGUACAGGCCAGCGUGUGUGCAACACGCACGCGUGGAUGUUUUGAGCAUAGAGUUUGCCAGGGCAUUGGUUCUCCAGGAGAUUUCCGGAGUCACGAAGGUGAAGCUUGGCCCGUCGGGCGAUCAUAUCGGAAACAAGUUUUUUUUUUUUUUUGGUUUCGCAGGUGUCUUGGAGUUUAAGUGUGCACUUCUCACGUUCACCACACAUGUGGUGCAUUGCCGAUACCUAGCAUCCAGCGCAAGCCAAUGCCAACAAGGUAUUACCUCCUCCGUCGCAGUCGUAUUGCUUCAACAUCGGUCACAUACGCAUGUCAUACCCUCCGUAUCGCUUCUGCCGGAUCCAGCUGGAUGAGGUGGAUAAGCUGGGCGGUGGAACCGCGAUCUACUAGGUGAAGCCAUGGAUUUGCACCACAUGGUCGUUGCUUUAUGACGCUGUCGGUCACGGUACACCACGAGAACUUGAACACGUACGUAUAACGGCUCCGCUUCUCCUUCCCUUUUGUUCCUUUCUCCUCGAUCUUCUCUCCUCCCCCCUCCUUAAUACAAAGACGGAGGAGAAGAAGUGCACGGAAUUUGCCCCGCAUAUGAUAGAAGAGAGCAGCGUUGGUAGUAUAGGUCGGGCGCUAGUGCGCAAAGCGGCUCGUGCAGUCACUAGGCUCGAGGCCAUCGAUUUUUUCGUCGUAUUGCUCGGAUGCGGCAACAUGAAUGACCGCCCGCGAAAGCGGAGCUCCGUCAUGCCGCAAAAGGCUCCGUCACGCGGCGUUUUUAAUCCGUUUACUUCUCGCUUCUCGCCAGGGGGGGUUCUCCGAAGGGCUUAGGCGACCCUUUCUCCUCCUCCACCUCCUCCUCCUCCUCCUCGG